CCUCUCUCUCUCUCAUUUUUUUUUCUUUUGCUGCAAAGCGUGUGCUGCGAGCGGCUUGUCCACUGCUAGCUCAGGUCAUAUUUCACUGCUGGGCAAAGGUCUGCUCAAAAUGCAAAGUGAGAACCUGGAACCGGUAAAUUACUACGUUGGAAUUGACGUUGGCACAGCGAGCGUCCGUGCGGCUUUGGUAGACCAGUUUGGGAUGGUGGUGGCUUACGCAGAGCAGCCAAUUCAAAUUUGGGCACCACAACCAGACCACUAUGAGCAAUCCUCUGAUGACAUCUGGGCUGCGUGUUGUACAGUCACAAAGAAAGUUGUCCAUGGGAUAGAUGUUUCUCAGAUUCGGGGAUUGGGCUUUGAUGCUACCUGUUCCCUUGUUGUUUUGGACACUCAUUUCAAGCCCUUGGCUGUCAACUCUGAAGGAAAACACAACAGAAACAUCAUUCUGUGGAUGGACCAUCGUGCAGCUGACCAAGUAGCACGCAUCAACGGGACACGGCACAGCGUCUUGUGCUUUGUUGGUGGCGCAAUGUCCGCUGAGAUGCAGCCACCUAAGUUGCUGUGGAUGAAAGAAAAUUUGCGAGAGUCGUGCUGGGAAAAAGCAGGGUACUUCUUUGAUCUUCCAGAUUUCUUAUCGUGGAAAGCAACAGGUGCCACUGCAAGAUCUCUGUGCACUUUGGUAUGUAAAUGGACAUACUCUUUGGAGAAAGGCUGGGAUGAUAGUUUUUGGAAGCUGGUUGGAUUGGAAGAUUUGGUGGCAAAUAACUAUGCAAAAAUAGGAAAUGAAGUUCUCGCUCCAGGAGCUCCAGUUGGAAAUGGUCUGACGUCAGAGGCUGCUGAAGCCCUUGGCCUUGCUAAGGGGACUGCAGUAGGCGCGUCUCUCAUUGAUGCACAUGCUGGAGGAAUAGGCAUGAUCGGAGCCAGAGUGCAAGGACAUAACUUGCCCUGUGAAAACCAGCCAAUUACAUCCCGAGCCGUUGUGAUAUGUGGAACGUCUUCAUGCCACAUGGCGAUAAGCAAGUCCCCUGUGUUCGUCCCUGGAGUUUGGGGGCCCUAUGACUCAGCUAUGGUGCCGGGAUUCUGGCUAAAUGAGGGAGGCCAGAGUGCUACAGGAAAGCUGAUAGAGCAUGUCGUCCAAGGACACGCUGCGUUCCCAGAGCUACAGACAAAAUCUGCAGCCAGUGCUCAAAGUAUAUAUACAUACUUGAACGGUCACCUGGAUCUGAUUAAGAAAUCUUUGCCUGUGGGUUUCCUCACUGUUGAUUUACAUGUUUGGCCAGAUUUCCAUGGCAACAGAUCUCCCCUUGCAGAUAUUACACUAAAGGGCAUGGUGGUUGGACUGACAUUAUCUCAAGGCCUGGAUGAUCUUGCUCUUAUCUACUUGGCCACAAUUCAGGCCAUUGCACUGGGAACAAGGCAUAUUGUGGAAACAAUGCAAGCUGCAGGGCACAGUGUCAACACUCUCUUCAUGUGUGGUGGGCUGAGCAAGAACCCUCUCUUUGUGCAGAUGCAUGCAGACAUCACUGGCAUGCCUGUCGUCCUGGCCCACGAGGUGGAGUCUGUUUUGACGGGCGCUGCUAUUCUCGGAGCCUGUGCUUCUAAAGAUUUUGCUUCUCUGCAGGCCACUGCAGCUACUGUCACUCUUUCAACAGGAUGCAAUGGAGAAAAUGGGGAGAGUUGGGAGAGUAGUGCUGCCAAACCACAAGGAUAAAAGAUUUUAUGACAAGAAGUACCAGGUGUUUCUGAAACUCGUGGAACAUCAGCGGGAAUAUAAAACCAUCAUGCAGAGUGUAUAGACACCAUGAAGGAGAAUUACUCAUGACGUUGGAAGAGUGGUGGUGUCCGUCCGUCCCCCUAAUUCUGUUUCUUUAUUCCUUUAUCUAAAUCAAUGAUGCUCCAUAAUGUACUUACAUUUCUAAUUUUAUAAAAAAUACAUUGAAUACUU